UCAUAUUCAUUUGCAUUUGAAUACUGUCCGUUCCGAGUGCUCGGUGAAUUAAUUUUUGAUCUCGAAAUAAAGCUACAUAAAAAGAUAUCGUAAAUUGUUUAUUUCCCCUUUAAUUUGUGUUUACUAUUGAUGUAAAUAUGCAGAGCGUAAUAAACACAGUAAAGGGAACCGCCCUCGGGGUAGCAGGGUACUUGACGCCUGUAUUAAAGGAAUCUAAAUUUCAAGAGACUGGAGUGUUGACCCCUGAAGAGUUUGUGGCGGCCGGAGAUCACUUAGUCCACCACUGCCCAACUUGGCAGUGGGCCAAGGGUGAAGAGUCCAAAAUCAGGCCCUACUUGCCCUCCGACAAGCAGUUCCUCAUAACCAGAAAUGUUCCAUGCUACAGGCGCUGUAAACAGAUAGAAUAUUGUGAUGAACAUGAAAAGACAAUAGAAGACGAGAAUGACGAGGACGGAGGCUGGGUGGACACACAUCACUACGCCUCACCAGGGUUCCCUGCAGUUGAAGAGAAGGUGUGUGAGAUGACGUUAGAGGCGGCCGAGGCUGGGGACAGUGAUGGCGAGGGAGGCGGAGAGGGCGAUGAAGCUGAUGGUGAUGAUGACGCUGAUGAUGAUGAGGCCGAGGACAUGGAGAACUUCCAGGAGUCCGGACUGCUGGAUGAAGUGGACCCAUCUACAGCGCUGACGACCCGCAAGGAGCCGAGGAAGACGGUGAAACACACGGACGGAGACGAGAUAGUGAAGACGAGGACCUACGACCUCCACAUCACAUACGAUAAGUACUACCAGACGCCGCGCCUCUGGCUCAUCGGAUACGACGAGGAGCGGCGGCUGCUGAGUGUGGAGGCCAUGUACGAGGACGUGUCCCAGGACCACGCCAAGAAGACCGUCACCAUGGAGACGCACCCACACCUCUCCGGACCCAGCAUGGCGUCCGUACAUCCCUGCAGACACGCGGAGGUGAUGAAGAAGAUCAUCGAGACGGUGAUGGAGAGCGGCGGCGCGCUGGCCGUGCACUCCUACCUCAUAGUGUUCCUGAAGUUCGUGCAGACCGUCAUCCCCACCAUCGAGUACGACUUCACGCAGAACUUCUCCAUGAACUGAACCCCCUCCCCUCCCCCACCGCGUUCGCUUGCCGAGCUUGCAGUCUGCCUCUCAUCACCCUUCAAGGGACGACGCUUCAGGAAUAAUUCGCUUCGUGUCGCGUGGCUCGGUGUGAUGUCUUUAUUUUUAUAUAAACGCUAUGUUACUUGCAUUUUUAAUAAGAUUUCUUAAAAAAUGUAUCCUUGUAACGAAUACUGACAUUGAAAUAAAAACAUUAUAUAUUCAAUUUUAAAAAUACAUCACUUUUUGUAAUGUCUUUAAAAAAUAUAGAGGCUUAUGACACAAUUAGCUAAACAUCGCUCACUGUGGUCUCAGAACUCAAAGGAUGAUAAUUUCAGUACACAUAAAAAACGAGGCACAAAAGAUUAUAUACAGGUAUAGUUUUCUACAACAAGCAGCCGCCGGUGCAGCGAGCGGCCUCUACGCCAUCGUGACCUUGUACGGCGGCCUGCGGGUAGCUGGAGAUAACUACAUUAGUUUUGCAUUUGUAUUGUAUACGUGUAAUACUUUCAUUAAUAAGUACAAUUGUUUUAUCCUCGGAAGUCGUUGAGUUCGUGUUUAUGAUAGUUUAUAAAUAUAUUAAUUUAUAGCAAAUAUUUUUUUUUCUGAAUUUUUUGUGAAGCUGUUGGAAAAUAUACAUACAAAAAGCUUUA